AUAAGGAUAUAAAUAUCUACUAAAAUAAAUAAUUUGACAUCACAGAUUAGCUUUGAAAGAAAAAAAAUCUACUUUCAGCUAAUGUUAACUCCUCCACAUAUUACUGAUGAGCUCUGGCGCAGUAAGACUGUUCUUACACCUUGCCAUUAUGCUCUGUUCCAGGUAUACUCGCUUCCUGAAAGCAUUCCUGGUGACAGCAGAGAAGCACUACCUAGUGGGGUUCCGGGUUCAGUACUAUAUCUUCACUGACCAGCCUCAUGAGGUGCCCAAGGUGCCCCUGGGUUCUGGGCGGAACCUCACUACCAUCCAGGUGUCCAAACUCGACCGCUGGCAGGAGAUCUCCUUACAAAGGAUGGGGAUCAUUCUAAAGACCAUUGAGGAGCAGAUCCACAAAGAAGCCCAGUACAUUUACUGCCUAGAUGUGGACAUGCUCUUUCACAGCCGCUGGGGGGCGGAGGUGUUUGGUGACCUGGUGGCUGCAAUUCAUCCUGGGUACUACAAGGUCUCCCGGGAGAACUUUCCUUACGAGCGCCGGCCUGCCUCCCAGGCAAACAUUCCCCUGGACCAGGGCGAUUUCUACUACGGCGGAGCCGUGUUUGGAGGGCUUGCUGAAAACGUUUAUAGGCUGACCAGGACCUGUUACAGGAACAUUUUGGUAGACAAAGCAAAUAAUAUUGAAGCCGUCUGGCAGGAAGAGAGUCACCUCAAUAAAUACUUUAUUUAUAACAAGCCCACUACGCUGCUGUCUCCAGAAUACCUGUGGGAUGACGAGAAACCUCAGCCCCAAGAGAUAAAACUCAUCCGCUUUUCAACAGUGAAGAAAAACUACGCAGAAGUUCGGGACAAUUAGGAAUCUAAGGACAAAGCUUUUUAAGUUGAUAAGCCCGUUAGUAUCAUUUGGUCUCCUAAAACAACUGCUUUUUACCUGAAGCUUUUGAUUUUUAACGAUUACACAAAGCCUGUCGUGAAAACUCAAAAUGAUUUUUGUUUGAGGAGGGAAUGUUUCAAUAUUCACACAGCACAAGUUGAACCUUUGAAGCAGCAGGGGCUGCGGGAAAGAGCUUGCUGCGCUUUCUGAGCACCAUUUGACGUCAUACACCAUCCCCCCCAAAAAAGUUUUUACAACACCAUAUCGUGCCAGAGAAGCGAGAGAAAUUCAGUGAAAGCCUUGAAUUUUAUUUUUAUUUUAUGGACAAUUCAUGGAACAAAUACGUCCUUAUAAGAUGAUGUAUAACAGAAAUGACUGGUAAAUAGAAAACGGGCGUCUUCCUUUG